AAAAGUAUAUAGUAUUUCCGUCUAAUGAAGUAAAGUUAGGUGAGGUGAGAUAUGCCGUGUGUUGUUUAAUUGGGUAUAGUACUGUAGUUGAUUAAAAAGACAUUUAGUAUGAGAAAUUGUGCAAUGUGAAUUAGGAAGCAAGAGUACUAGAGGAGACUGGGUCGUGUUUUUCAGAAUUUUGAAUACUAAUUUGUUUUGGUGUGGGGAUGUGAGAAGAAGGCACAGGGUGAGGGAGAAAGAGGGUGGUAGUUUCCUGGGAGAGGACUUUUUGCUUCAUUUUCUGAGAACUGCUUCUAAAGCUUUUACAUUAUAUUUGGCAUCAAGAGAGACUGCAUGGAUAUUUUAAGCGAGAGGCUUUAGAGGGCGUUGGAAGUAAGAAUGGAUAUCCAUAUCCACAUGCUCCUCACGUCCAUUUCUUGCUUAUUCUUUAUCACUCUGCCGCAGUCCCUCUCUCAACCACCACCUGUCUUCAAUUAUUCGGCUUGUAAGGAAUGGCCAUACAAGUGCGGAACACUUUCCGACAUCUUCUAUCCAUUCUGGGGAGAGAACCGACCCCCUCAAUGUGGUGGCGGCCAAGCAUUCAGGCUGAGCUGCAACCAUGAUAAUAUUACUACUAUUCUAAUUGCCUCACAUAAUUUCACGGUGGAGAACGUCGACAACACCACUCGAACCAUGAGAGUAGUGCCAACUGACCUUGGCCCCAACGAUUGUUCUCUGCAAUCUAAGAACAUAUCUGAUGACAUUCAUGCGAAUGCCACUCACUUCCUCUAUCCCAAUUCUUCAUUGUACAGCAACAACAUAUGCGAAGGGUUUGAGGUAAUUUAUGAUGUUUCUGAAAAUUGCACAAAAUGCCUGGGAAGUGAAGGAGAGUGCUGGAAGGAUGAAAUUGAUGGACAUGAUGUGGUUCCAUGCUAUUACUGCCCAGAUGGAUCUCAUUCCCUAGACUGUUCUCCUCUAAAAAGAAGUACGUCUUCUAUCCUCUUUUCUUGAACUUCACUCGUCUACGUCAUCUCACAGCCUUGCUUAGUCUUGGGUGCUCUUUUUCUCUGUCAUUUAAUUUGAUGCAACAAUUGAAGAUGAAGAAGCAUCUCUUUGCUCUUUCCAUCUCUGUUGCAACUCACAGGCCAAAAAUAGCCACAUCAAAUCUCUAAUUAAUUGGAGCAACCCACCAUUAUUCCUAUCCUGGAAUUUUCCAUAUCAACAAUUCAUAUUUAUUUUAGCUUAUUUUGAAACUA